AUGGCUUUGUUGAGUUUGGUGGCUGUUCUUAGUUUCUGCUGCAUUGCCUUUGCAUAUGAGCCUGCACCCCUUCAGGAUUUCUGUGUUGCAGACCUUAACAGCCCAGAUUUGUUGGCAGUGACAGUGAAUGGCUUUUCCUGCAAGAAUCCCAUGAUGGUUCAAGCCAAUGAUUUCCUCUUUAGAGGUUUCAACAUUCCAGGGAACACGUCAAACCCUGUAAGGUCUAAAGUCUCCCCAGUAACAGCAGCUCAACUACCAGGACUCAACACAUUUGGCAUUGCAAUGGCACGGGUCGACUAUCUUCCAGGGGGCGUCAAUCCUCCCCACUACCACCCUAGAGCUUCUGAGAUCUUCACCCUUAUAGAAGGCUCUCUCCUUGUUGGUUUCGUUACUACAAAUCCUGAGAAUCGCCUUAUCAGCAAGGUUCUUCAAAAGGGUGAUGUUUUCGUCUUCCCAAAGGGACUUAUUCACUUCCAGCUGAAUUUGGGGAAUGAAAAAGCACUAGGAAUUUCUGCAUUGAGCAGCCAAAACCCAGGAAUCAUGACCGUAGCAAAUGCAGUUUUUGGAUCGAAUCCGCAGAUUUCUAGUGAAGUUCUCACCAAGGCAUUCCAAACCGACAAAAGCGUAAUCGAUCAAAUUCUGUCCAAAUUCUAAGGGGGCAACAAAAAUCAAGUCAUGGCAACGUGAACUUAGACUAUUAGUGUAUUUGUAGUAGCCUUGUGUGGUUUUAUUAUGUUUCCUUGUUUGUUUGCUUGAUGUUAAUGUUUCAAUUAUUUGAUUCUAUAAAAAACAAAUAAUUCAAUAAAUAAAAAAUAAAAUUUAUUCAAGAGUACGGUUUCAUUGAGCUUCAUUACUAAUAUUAUAUAUAGAGUUGGAUUUCUUUCAAGUUCAAAUAUAAAUUUAAGAAGGCCCCGUAAAGUUCACUAUGAGUCUUGUGUCAAUAAUUCAAAUCGUUCAUUUUGUAAGCUCCCAAUGUAUAUCAUAGGACCGAAGUCAGCAAAAUCGCUGCUUUGGGCCCUCAAAAAUUGAUUAAAAAGAAAGGCCUCAAAAAACAUUUUAGCUAUUAUAUUAGUCCACACACACAAAUAACAAACAAACAAAAAAACCAGCAUCUAAAUUUAAAAGGGCCUGGACAAAGUUGGGUGAGAUUCAAACUAAAAAAUAGUUUGAUGUAGUGAACUACUUAAAACUAUUGAAUGAUUGUUUUAUCUCAAAAUAAAUAAAUAAAAAUAGAAAAAGAAAAAGAAAAAAAAAAGAAAAAGAAAAAAUGGGGGAUUGUAUGGUGAAUUAUUUCAAAUUAACGGAUGAUUAUUUCCCAAAUACAUGAUUUUUUGUAUAGAAUACAAUUAAUUAUACAAAUUAUAAUUGUUUCUAAAAAAAAGCUUUUCAAAUUUCAAUUGAUUAAAUCAUACCUUUGAUCAAUUAAAGUUACCAGGAAAAUUGAAUGGAUUAACAAUGAUAAGUUAGAUUAUGCCGAUUUAUCAUGUGUUUUGGGUAAAGCAGAGCCAGAAUCUUUGAACCAUAUUCUACUAUGGUGCUCCUUUGUGUGGCAGGUAUGGUCAAGUAUAAUUGAUUGGUGGGGGCUGUGUUGGGUAAUGCCAGGGUCUGUCGAUGGUUUGUUACAAUGGUGGAUGGGUUGGAAGUUCAAAAGGAAGGUGAGGCAUGUUUGGAGAGCGCUAUCAGUUGUUGUGAUUUGGUUUGUGUGGUUAUUUAGGACUGAUUGCAUCUUUUUUGGUACCCAACCAAUGAUUGAGGUAGAUAAUCAAAGUUAGGAUUGCGCUUUUGAUAAAAGCUCAUCAUAUUGGUUAUGACUAGACAGUUAAUGAAAUUGUGCGGAGCUUUCAGCAGGUGAAGAGGUGUAUCUGAGAUUUGCUUAUUGCAGGGGUGAAGCAGUGAAAGUGUCAAUCUGCGGAUGGUUGCUGGUAUGGAUUUGCUGGUGUUUUACUUGGCUUGGUCUGUAGUGUCCUUUUAACUCGAUUUUGCUGGUUGGGUUCAGUGUGAUAAGAAAUGCAGUUUUUGGAUCAAAUCCACACAAAAAUACAUAAAAAUACAAACAAAAGAAUUGAUAAAUACAGAAUGUUUAAACUUUUACUGAAAUAGAAUUAAAAAUAACAUAUAAUCUAAAAACUAAAGUCUUAACACCAAAGCAAAAUCAAAGUUUAAAACAAUCAUCCCAUAAGACUAAAUCACAAGUCUAUUAAGUAGAGUUAAAACAAAAAAUUAAAAACAACAUAAACAUCUGAUAUAGCUAUAUAGGCAUAAUAGUAAAACUUGACUCAAGCACAUAUGAGUGGCAAACUAACAACCUAUCACAUUGCCAAUAUCUAUUGUCAAACUUGAAAUAUUUAAAAAAUAAAUAAACAAUUAAGUGAAUCAACUGAAUUUUGUACUCAACUAACUUCAUUAUAUAUUUAAUAUAUAUUAUGUUUAAUAUGCAAAACUUUCAGUCGGUUUCGGUUUAAUUCGGUGCACAAUGUGCCUAAACCGGUAUCGAACCAAAGAUUGAAAAAAAUUAAUAUUAAAAACCGCACAAAUCAAUUUAUAUUAAAAAACCAACCAAAUGUAACCGGUUUGGUUCAAUUCAACUAGUUUGGUCGGUUUUUUCGAUUUUUCUUACAUCCCUACCCACAAUAGAUCACCACAAAGUAGGGGUGUAACUCAGGCGGAUUCAGAUAGGUUGAGAGAUUGUUCAAGCCUAACCCAAGUUGUAUUGAGAGCUGCCCAAGCCCGUGUUAAACAUAUUGAUGCAAUAGCUUCUAGUUCAGCUUUAGCUCUAAACUCAGAUUCAGUUGCAGAUCCACAUGUAACUGCUUCAACUGCAAUUUCAUCUCAUCAAAUCUGUUAGGAGGUGGUUAUAACGAACUAAAACAAAGCAAGUGUGGAUUGUAUCUUGAGAGGAUGUAAAGUACAAUAUAGAGGAGAUGUAUGACUCUAUUUUGUAUAUUCUUGAAUAAUAAAAAAUAUAGAGUAUUGAUUCAUGACUUUUUUCAUGGUAUCAGAGCUCUUGGCUUCUUCAACUCUAAGUUCUUUCUCUUCUUUCAUGGUUUCUACUUCUCUUCCUUCGAAUCUCUCUUUGUUGAUUUCUAAUCUUUCCUCGUUUAUCACAGUUAAACUUGAUGCCUCAAAUUUUUUGAUCUGGAAAAAUCAAAUGCAGAAUAUUUUGACUGCAACUAGUCUUCUUGGCUUCAUGUCCACAAAUGAAAAUUACAGAUACUUCUAGUUCAUAGAUUGAUAAUCCUGCAUAUCUGUAGUAAAAGAUUGUUGAUGCUCAGUUGCAUUACUGCAACUCUCUCACCUACAAUCUAUUCAUCUGUUCUUCAUCUUGAUAAUUGUUCUGAAGCAUGGACUGCACUACAUAAACGAUUCACCUCUCUCUCUCGAUCUCAUGUUCAUCAGUUCAAGAACAAGUUAAACAAUAUUACGAAGAAAACUGAUUCAAUGAAGGAUUAUCUGUCUAAGAUCAAAGAUCUAGUGAGUCAACUGGCUCUUGCUUCACCCUUUAUUGAUAACGAACAUCUUGUUCUUCUUACCUUGAAUGGUUUUCCAGAUGAGUAUGAUGCCUUUAAGACCACAAUUUGAGCUAGAUCCGAAUAUAUUUCUAUGGAUGAACUGACUUCUCUUCUCAUUUCUGAAGUCAUACAUGUUGAAUCUAAACAUCAUAAACUCUCCAUACUAAGCCUACGGUGGCCUUUUCUUCUGUUUGCGGUUCUUUGAUUUCCAAUCACAGAGGUCAUUCUUCUGGAUUCAAAGGUCGAUCUUCCAGAGGAGGUCGAGGUGGUCGAUCUCAUGGAUCGUAUUCCUUCAAUAACUAUUCCAAUUUCUCAGGUGCUCAAACUGUUUCCAGUUUUUCCAAAUCUCAUAAUGGCCGAGGUUUUUCUAGACGCAGAGGCAGAUCUUCUUCUUCUCUGACUUGUCAAAUUUGUGGUGGACAUGGUCAUUCCGCAUUAGAAUGGAUCCACAGUUUCAAUCUUCUAGUCAUCAGCAGAAUAAUUCUACUUCUAGAGCUUUUGUUGUCUCAACUCAGUCAGCUUCUUCUCCUCCACGUGCUCCUUGGUACUUAGACUCUGCUGCUAUAGGUCAUAUCACUCAUGAUCUGCAUAAUCUUAGUUGUUCGCAGCCCUAUCAAGGAUCUGAUCAAGUCACCAUAGGCAAUCGUACUAUAGUCCCUAUUCCCAACACUAGUAAAGGCUUGCUUCAUACUCCUCAUUUUUCUUUUAAAUUGAACAAUAUUUUGCAUUCUCCUUCUAUCUCUUCUAAUCUUUUCAGUUCACAAAUUAACUAAGGAUAAUAAUUGCCUUGUCACUUUUGAUGCCUCUAAAUUUGCUAUUCAAGACAAGGAUUCAAGGAAAAUUCUUCAUCAGGGUUCUAAUACCAAUGGCCUAUAUCAGUUCCAUAGUACUUCUUCAUAUGUUGCUGGUGUUCCACCUGUUUUGCAUGCUUACUUUAGUGCAUCUCAUAAUUCUACAUUUGUGCCUUCCUUUGUUUGGCAUAAUAGAUUAGGUCAUCCAUCUUUGGUGAAGUUUAAUCAUCUCAAGCCUUGUUUGGCUAUUUCUAACAAUACAAUAAACACUGUUCGUAUUGAUUGUUGCAUAGCUAAGAAUCAUAGACUCCCAUUCCAAUUGUUCAAUUCCAUUGUAAUGCACCUCUUUCUUUUAUUCACAGUGAUGUAUGGAGGCCAUAUACUUCUAGUUCUGAUUACAAAUAUUAUUUGCUUUUUGUUAAUGACUACAGCAAGUUCACUUGGCUUUAUCCAUUAGCCUAUAAAAGUGAAGUCUAUGAUAAAUUCAUUAAGUUUAAGGCUUAUGUUGAGAAACAGUUUUACCUCAUUUGCAAAUGUUGUGAACUAAUGGAGGUUCAGAAUUUUUUACCUCCAAAAUGCAAACAUUUUUGAGAACUCAAGAUGUUGUUCAUCAACUCUCUUGUCCUUACACUCCUUCUCAUAAUGGCAUUGUAGAGAGAAAGCACAGGCACAUUAUUGAAAUUACAACUGCUCUUCUUCAUCAUUCAUCUGUGCCAUUGAAAUAUUGGUUUGAUGCUAUAGCCAUUGCUACUUUUCUUAUAAACAAAAUGCCAUCCUCUAAACUUGGUCAUAAGUCACCAUUUGAAAUGCUUUUUCAAUCCAUUCUAGAUUAUUCCUAUUUUUGAAUUUUUGGUUGUCAAUGCUUUCCUUGGCUUAAGCCUUACCAUCCACACAAAUUACAACCAAAAUCUAUGUCAGGUGUUUUCAUUGGCUACCAUCUUUUUGCUAAAGGAUAUCGAUGUCUUGAUCCUCUCACUGGUAGAAUCUACUUGUCUAGACAUGUAAUCUUUAAUGAACAUAUUUUUCCUUUUGCUUCCUCUUCAUCUUCUUCACAGUAUACAUCACCAUCUUCUCUUGCUGCCAUACAGUCAUUUUUCUGGUUUUCACCCUCUCAGCCCUCUGUCUUUUCUUCUGAGCCUUCAGCUUCAGUUCAUUCCUUUUCCCACAAUUCAGAUUCUCCUGCUGUUUCUUCUUAUUCUUCUUCUUCUCUUCCAUUAGCUUUCCCUUCUCCUUCAUUAGUGUCUUCUCCACAAGGUCUUACAGUUCCUAUUACAUCUAUUACAUCCAUUGGUGUUGAUUUACCUUUUUCACCUCCUCCACCUGUGCCUUCUAAUAAGCAUCUCAUGGUUACCAAGUCUAAGUCUGUAUCUACCCCUCACUAUUUGGUUACUACUUGUUCCUUCUUCUGUGCUUCACUCUACUCUGACUCAGAACCACCUUUUUACAAAAAAGUUUUGCUCUCUCCUAUCUGGCAUAGAGCUAUGCUCGAAGAAUUUUCUGCUCUUCAAAAGCAACAAACUUGGUCCCUAGUUCCUCUUCCAUGUGCCAAAAAUUCCAUAGGAUGUAAAUGGAUUUUCAAAGUUAAAAAGAACUCAGAUGGCACAAUUGCUAGGUAUAAAGCUCGGUUAGUGGCCAAAGGGUACCUGCAGUAAAAGGGUAUUGACUUUCAUGAAACAUUUAGCCCAGUGGCUAAGCAACCAACAAUCAAAACUCUAAUUUGUCGUGUCCUUCACCACAAUUGGUCUCUCAAACACUUGGAUAUUUCCAAUGCUUUUCUCCAUAGCAUUCUUGAGGAGGAAGUGUUCAUGCUUCAACCACCAGGAUUCAUCUUCUCCUAGUCAUGUAUGUAAGCUUCACAAGGCCUUAUAUGGCUUAAAACAAGCUACAAGAGCUUGGUAUUCUACAUUCUCUGCCUUCUUGUUGUCUCAAGGAUUCACCAAUAGCAAAUAUGACACCUCCUUAUUCAUUCAAAGAACAUCCACCUUAGUGACUUAUCUGUUAAUCUAUGUAGAUGAUAUUUUGAUCACUAGGAACAACUACAAUCAUAUUCAUACUCUCAUUACACAAUUGCAUGGUGCCUUUUCUAUGAAAGAAUUGAGGGACAUUUUCUACUUCCUUGGAAUUUAUGUUCAACCUACAGCCUCAGGUUAUCUCUUAUCUCAUCAAAAUAUGCCAAAGAUAUUCUCCUUAAAGCUGGACUAUCCUCUUGUAAGCCUUGCCCCUCUCCUAUAUCUAUCAAGCCUAGUAAUCCUCCUAAUGCUUCCCUCCCAUUUCAUAAUCAUGCUCUUUACAGAAAUAUUGUUGGGGCAUUACAAUACUUGACUAUCACUUGACAUGAUCUCUUUCUAGCUGUUAAUCAAGCUUGUCAAUAUAUGCAUUCUCCUACAAUGGAAAAUUUUGCUGUAGUCAAGAGAAUUCUCAGAUUUGUUCAAGGCACACUUACUCAUGGCUUGAAUUUUACUCCCAGUACUUUCGAUGUUCAUGGGCUUUCAAAUUCCAACUGGAUAGGAGAUGUUCAUGAUAAGAAGUCUACAUCUGGUUAUUGUGUUUUCUUGAGCUCCAAUUUGGUGUCCUGGUUUGCUAAAAAGUAAGAAACUGUGUCUAAAUCAUCCACUGAGGCUGAGUAUAGUGCCUUACCUCAUGAUGCUGCAGAACUGAAUUGGAUUUCUAUGCUCCUCACUGAAAUGGGCAUUUCUUUACCUACUACACCCAUCCUCUAGUGUGACAACAUAUAUGCUAUAGCUUUGGCCUCAAAUUCUGUCUUCCACUCUCGAUCCAAACAUAUAGAAAUCGAUUGUCACUAUGUGCGAGAUAAAGUUCUUGCUAAGAUUUUCCAGCUCAAGUACAUUCCUACCAUUGAUCAGUUAGCUAAUUUAUUUACAAAGCCAUUGUCUGUUUCUUGAUUUCAGUAUCUUACAACCAAGCUCAUAGUCCUUGAUCAGCCCAUCAGCUUGUGGGGGAAUGUUGAGCAUAUUGUUGCAAUAAUUUCUAGUUUAGCUUCAGCUCUAGCUUUAACUCUAAACUCAGAUUUAGUUACAGCUCCACGUGUAAAUGCUUCAACUGCAAUUCCAGCUCAUCAAAUCUAUUAGUAGGUGGUUAUAACUAACUAAAAUAGAGCAUGUGUGGAUUGUAUCUUGAGAGGAUGUAAAGUACAAUAUAUAGGAGAUGUAUGACUCUAUUUUUUAUAUUCUAGAAUAAUAAAAAAUACAGAGUAUUGAUUCACGACUUUCUUUAGACGAAACCUAAAUUGUAACCCGAGAUUGUUUGCCCAAACCCGGACCUAGUUAAACCCAAAUUGAACAUAAAUUUCUUUUUUUUUUUCUU